CACUAUCUAAGCACACGUUGCAGACAGGCGCUCCCAUGAGCAUUAUCGGCCUUGGCGUGAGGGGUUCGCGUUCACACAACGGUGUUGGUUGUUUCUACUUUGAGGCUUCUCCUAGGAGAUGUUCUGUGACUAGCUUGUUCUUGUCUGUGAGCGGCCAUGCCUUCGCCUUCGCCUUCUGACAUGCCAAAGCCCGGAACAUCGAGGGCAAGUGUCGCAUGCGACGCGUGCCGUAAGCGGAAGGUCAAGUGUUCUGGUAACGUGCCUUGCGUCUCCUGCCAACGCAGGUCGAUACAAUGCACUGUUGCAGAAGACAGCAGGAGGAUCGUGGUUUCAGAACGGUACCUUCAGUCAUUGCACCUACGUCUCAGGCGCUUUGAGAAUGCAACUCGCGCGUCGGUGGGCACAGAAGACGUAGAUGAGGUAGAAGCGCAGUUUGAAGAGGAUAACGAUUUAUCCCUAAUGCGCGUGCCGGAAAUGUCUCGUAACGAGUUGACUGAGCAAGUUGAUGAAGACUCUUGGGAGGCAGAUUUGAGCGAAAGUCCAUUUCCUGAUGAUACAUCGUUCAUCAAGGACAACCGAUCAUCUGAGGCUCGAUGGUUGUAUGUCGCUCAGUCAUCGAGCUGGUCCUUCGUGUUCAGAGUCACCGACCUUCUCCAGGAAGCUACAACAGCAGCAACCGAAGAGCUGCGUUUCCCUCUUGACGGUGAUGCCUACCCCUUGAGGUGGGAUCAUAUUCAAGAGUCCAAUUGGCUGCGAUCGAUACCACCACGUGACUACGCGAUCUACUUGUUGAACUCAGUCAAGUUUCAUCUAAGCCAUAGGUUGCAAUUCUUCGAUCACGAAGCUUUCGCCACAAAGACCGCGGAGUUCUACAAUAGUCCACUUGAAACUGCCCGUUCAUCUCGGCUCUGGUGUGUCCAAUUUCUUGUGAUAAUGGCUUUUGGCAAAGCACUCCUCGAGCGCCCGCGCAAUCACAUCGUACCUUCGGGCUUCGAGUUUUUUGCGCGAGGUAUGUCACUCUUAACAUGCGUGCCUGAGCUACAGAGGACUGAACCUAUCCUGACAAUCGAAGUACUGGCAUUGAUAGCGCUGUACAUGUAUUGUAUUGAUUACAAAGCUUCUGCAUACGCUUAUAUAGGUCAAGCUGCACGACUGGCAAUGCAUUCUGGCCUGCAUACGAGAUUACCGGUAGAACGCUUCGGUGUCGAAAUCGCUCACAGAUACAACUGUCUAUGGUGGUCCAUCUACAUCAUGGACCGGCACAUUGCCUCAGCUACUGGUUGCCCCACUGUGGUUCAUGAAGAGGACAUCACUGCGCCUCUACCGAUAACAUUUGGAUCUUCUCAGAGACACAUCGUCUACACACUACAUGUAAAGGUGUCACGCCUGGUCUCCAAGGUCUUGAGCACUGUCUAUGUAUCUAAUAACGCAGUUGAUCGGACCUUCCUGGAACGAACCCGACGUCUCCUGAAGUCUCUUGCGGGACUGGCUAAGGAGCUUGAAGACACCAUACAAAAUCAACUUCAAAGCCCCAUCCAGGUUGAUCUUGCUUCAGUAACCCUCCUGACAUUGGCAUAUCACGAGUGUGCAAUACUAGCGACCCGGCCAGUGCUCUUGUCUUUGUUGAAACGAAGGCUGAAGAAUGGUACACAUCAUCAGAGAUCGAUGCAGCAGAAUUCCGACCGACCAAAUACUCUCGUGGAUACAUGUGCAAAUUCCGCAGCGAAAAUAAUCGAAUUGUUGACUGUGCGAUUAGACAACAACAUGAUAGAGGUCUUCCUGCCAUUUCAACUGGACACGCUCUCAUCUGCGUUGAUCGUGCUACUUGUCAUUCGUGCUGUAUCUUUCACGACUCACAACGUUCUCAACUUGGAAGAACGAGCACACGCCAUUUUCGACGAGAUGAUCGCACAAAAGAAUCCUAUCGCGAAGUACCGAAAGGCGGAAGCUGUUCACGUGAAAGAGCUUCUUGCUUCGUUGGACAGCGCAGCCAGGCUGACUGAUAACAAGCAAGCCUUUGGCUUGUCGGCAGCACUACAAAGACCCCAAUCUCUUAAUUCGAUUGCUCCAGAACACCCGGCCUUCUCGAAUGACUUUACAUGCGCAAGCGGCUCAAGCGACUUUGCUACUCAGUUCUCUACCGCGACGUUUCCGGUAUUCCCUAUGGUGCCAAAUGACGUAUUCCUUAUGAAUUUCGGUCUUUCGUCUGAAGCUCUCGAGUACGUUGCCAACCAAGUCAUGUUCGAUUCUCCAUUGAGUCAUUUCGCAUCUAUGUCUGCAAGCGAUGGGCAACAUUGAAAAGCAAUAUCCUAUGAAAGGACAAGUACCAAGAAAUUGAUUAAAGCCCUUCCAGUAUAGUUGGGAAGGCCAUAGAUUGCAUCGAUUAGUGUUCUUCAUGUACCCCUUAUACCCUUAGUUAGCCCUGACCUCCUCAUGGCGCGCGUAGGCAGGGUCCACAUUAUGUACGCACCACGUCUUGGUUCUGCACAGAGCCGAGACUCACCACGAUGGAAUAAAAUUCGUGAAUUUCUUCCAACGAUGAAGACCGUGAUAGUCUUUAAGUUCGAUCAGGUUUUCUAUGACAGCCUCUGUCAACCGGUCGAAAGGUCUACGGUUGCAGGAUUGCGCCAUUGGGGUCGCGAGCAGAACUUGCACAGCAAUGUGAGUCUGAGAUUCACAUAAUACUCUUAGUAGAGAAACUGGCUCUACCGUGAAACAUCUGCGAUCCAUAUUGCGCACUUAUGUAAGGUCG